AUGCGAGCCUCGGUGGGCCUCGCAGGCCUACUGCUCGUCGCCGCCACUUCUGUCGUGGCACAAGACAAUGGCCUACCUGACCUCGCAACCAUUUCCCAGCCGGACGGACCAGGAGAGACGGCAGCCAGCUCGGCACCAGCAUCGAGUGCGCCGCAAACCACUUCAGCACAAUCAUCGGCCGAUGCCGAAACCACACAAGCCAGCACGACUGCCACCCAGUCCGACAACAACGCCUUCCCAACCGUCACUUCUUCGAGAGCAGGCGGCCUCUUGGGCCUGCCAACCCUCGCUGGUUCCGACCUUCCCGAUGGCACUGUAUUCAUCUGCGUGGGCGCCAUUCUCGCCUUCUUUGGAGCCGCCGUGCUCGCAUGGCGCGGCAUGGUCGCAUGGUCGCUGCACCGCUCCGUCAAGCGUGCCGCCAUGGCCCAGAACCUCUCCGACAUGAAGGCCAUGAGCGCAGCCCCCGGCAAGAAGCGUGGCAUGUACAAUGUGGUAGGCGCCAACUCGACCAUGUCUCUGGACCAUCUUUCCGCGGCUCCCAUCGGCACCACAAAGUCGACCAAGCCAUUUGCCCAGCAGCCCGGCGGCUCACCCAACGCGCGCUCAACCUCGAACCUGUUCUUCUCACCCACAGCAGGCGCUGCGGGAGGUGCAGCCGGCAUCCGCGACUCGAUCGUUGGAAACCGUUCCUCCACGUACCUCCCCGCAGGCUACUACGCCUCUGGCACCGCGCAACCUGCGGCCGGCUCCCCCAUGACCCAUGUCGGCGGUGGCUCUUCGAACAAUCUCUCGACACCAGGAAACCGCUUCUCAGCACGCUCAGGCAUCUCACCACCCGAGUCGCCCUCUCUCCCACCCUCGCGUGGCGGAUACCCGCGCGCCCCGCCAUCGAGAGAGGGCCUGUCCAUGUACAAUCGCAAUAGUGUUGCGACACUAGGCAGCCAUGGUCACGCGCGGAGUCCAGUAUACGGCCAUUCGGACACAGGCGACAUGAGCAAUCUGUCACUCAAUGUGCCCGGGGGCAGUGCAACGGGCGGCCGCGCACCGAGCGCCUAUCUGGAGGAUUUGUUUGAAAACCACGGAUCCGGGCCCCGGGAGAGGUUUUAG